AUGCAAAUCUUCGUGAAGACGCUCACCGGAAAGACCAUCACCCUUGAGGUGGAGUCGUCGGAUACCAUCGAUAAUGUGAAGGCUAAAAUCCAAGACAAAGAAGGUAUCCCUCCCGACCAACAGCGCCUCAUCUUCGCGGGAAAGCAGCUCGAGGACGGGCGCACCCUGUCGGAUUACAACAUCCAGAAGGAGUCGACGCUCCAUCUCGUUCUUCGUCUUCGCGGAGGGAUGCAGAUCUUCGUGAAGACCCUCACUGGCAAGACUAUCACUUUGGAGGUUGAGUCAUCUGACACGAUCGACAACGUGAAAGCAAAGAUUCAGGACAAGGAGGGCAUCCCCCCUGACCAGCAGCGCCUCAUCUUUGCCGGCAAGCAGCUCGAGGACGGCCGGACUCUUUCCGACUACAACAUCCAGAAGGAGUCUACUCUGCAUCUCGUGCUCCGUCUGCGCGGUGGCAUGCAGAUUUUUGUCAAGACCUUGACCGGCAAGACCAUUACGCUCGAGGUCGAGUCCUCUGACACGAUCGACAACGUGAAGGCGAAGAUUCAAGACAAGGAAGGUAUCCCUCCCGACCAGCAACGUCUUAUUUUCGCCGGCAAGCAACUCGAGGAUGGCCGCACCCUCUCUGAUUACAACAUCCAGAAGGAAUCGACCCUUCACCUCGUUCUUCGUCUCCGUGGUGGUAUGCAGAUUUUCGUCAAGACGUUGACCGGCAAGACCAUUACGCUCGAGGUUGAAUCGUCGGAUACGAUCGACAACGUUAAGGCGAAAAUUCAGGACAAGGAGGGCAUUCCUCCUGAUCAGCAGCGUCUGAUCUUCGCUGGCAAGCAACUGGAGGAUGGGCGCACUCUCUCGGACUACAAUAUCCAGAAGGAGUCGACCCUCCACCUCGUCCUUCGUCUCCGUGGUGGCUUGUAG